UUGAAUUGAUAGCCUUGACGGAUGUGUGGGGUCAUGGACCGACCAGGGUUCACGGCCUCGCUGGUGGCUGGUGGAGUAGCAGGUGUCUCUGUGGACUUGAUACUGUUUCCUCUGGAUACCAUUAAAACGAGACUACAGAGUCCCCAAGGAUUUCAUAGAGCUGGUGGCUUUCGUGGAAUAUAUGCUGGCGUUCCUUCUGCUGCCAUUGGAUCUUUUCCUAAUGCGGCUGCCUUUUUUCUCACCUAUGAAUAUGUGAAAUGGUUUCUUUACUCCGAUGUAUCCUCCUAUCUGAUGCCCAUGAAGCAUAUGUUGGCUGCUGCUUCUGGAGAAGUGAUCGCCUGUCUGAUUCGAGUUCCUUCUGAAGUGGUUAAGCAGAGGGCACAGGUAUCGGCUUCGUCCAGGACAUUUCACAUUUUCAGUAACAUCUUGUAUGAAGAGGGCGUCCAAGGUCUGUACCGAGGCUACAAAAGUACAGUUUUAAGAGAGAUUCCCUUCUCUUUGGUCCAGUUUCCUUUAUGGGAAUCCUUAAAAGUACUAUGGUGCUGGAGGCAGGAGCAUGCGGUGGAUUCUUGGCAGUCAGCAGUCUGUGGAGCUUUUGCAGGUGGAUUUGCAGCAGCAGUUACCACGCCGUUAGAUGUGGCAAAGACAAGAAUUAUGUUGGCAAAGACGGGAUCCAGUACUGCCAGUGGGAAGGUACUCUCUGCUCUGUGUGGUGUCUGGCGGACACACGGGAUAUCAGGAUUAUUUGCAGGUGUCUUCCCUCGAAUGGCAGCAAUCAGUCUGGGAGGUUUCAUCUUUCUUGGGAUUUAUGACCAGACUCGCAGCUUGCUGUUGGGCCUUGGCAGAGAGCAAGCCUGA